GCAGGAGUGAUGGGACGAGGCAGAGCUCCUUGUUGUCAAAAAAUUGGGCUCCACAAGGGCUCAUGGACUCCGCAAGAAGAUAUACGCCUCAUUUCCUACAUCCGCAAGCAUGGCCAUGGCAACUGGCGAGCUCUUCCUAAACAAGCAGGCUUGUUGCGGUGCGGGAAGAGCUGCCGCCUUCGAUGGAUCAACUAUCUCCGCCCUGACAUCAAGCGAGGUAAUUUCACCAAGGAGGAAGAGGACACCAUCAUCAAUCUCCAUGAAUUGCUCGGCAACAAAUGGUCGAAGAUUGCCGCGUGCCUACCUGGGAGGACGGAUAACGAAAUCAAGAAUGUGUGGAACACGCAUCUCAAGAAGCGUAUCAAGCAUCAGGAUUACACAGCACAAUCAUCAAUGACCAACAAAAGUUGGUCUGAGGUCAACCCCCCAAGCUCCGCAUCCUCCGGUAUAACGUCCUUCACAGAAGGCGAUGAGCUCUCCUUGGAAAAAAUUGAGAUCCCCAUUGAGCCCCAGAUUGACAUGUGGGACAUACUCGACUCCUCGUUGUCUCCUAAUCCGUCAUCUUUACCGCUGCCGCCGCUGGCGGCGGUCGAGAAUGACGAUAUUUUCAGCGAUAUUCCAAUUGAUCCAGACCUUUGGAGUAACACCAGCGAUGGUGGCAAGUUGGCCGACGACAGCAAGAAAUGGCUUGCCUAUUUGGAGGAAGAGCUCGGGCUUUUCGAUGAAGCCGAAGACAAGGAGAGGGAGGAGUUGAUUAGCAUGGAGGAAGGUAAUUUGAUGGGGAGUUACUUUCACAAACGGCCCUCCUCCUCCUCCUCCUCCUCACCCUCUCUUACAAAAUUGGUUGACCUUGAGUGUAUUAAUGCAUAGUCUUUGGAGUAAUUAAAUGGUAGAUGUUGGCGAAUGAGUUGAACGUGUAAG